ACGCGUAACCGGAGGGCGGAGGGCGAGAGUUGUAAACACACAGAAGUAACUCUGUAGAAUGGAUUUUAAAAAUGACUUUAAUCGCGAGUCAAGAUGGAGUUAACAUUAAAUCGGAGAUAGCACGGAUCUGCGGAGGAUAUUAGCUAGCUCGAUCUCAUCCGCUGCUGUGACCGUCAGUGGGCUGCGUAGCUGUCGUCUAAAGGAGUGAAUGAAAUUAUUUUUCAUGCUGAUGCGGAGUGCUUCACUCGUGGUCAGCUGCCACAAUGCGCGCUGUUUUGGAGGGCCACGGACAACGCGCGGUUCUUUCAUGGGACAAUUUCAUCGCCGCGUUCCUCCGCCUUGUUUUUACUGCCGGUAGCUGCCCGUGUGUAUUCUCCUCAUGAAAUAUCAUCUUCGGAGCGGUUCGCUGGACAUGACUAUGGUGAUGCCGAAGAAGAGCGCGGACUGGCUUCAGGACGCUCUGGAGUCCGGCGGCGCGUCGCUGCUGCUGCUGGACUGCCGCUCGCACGAGUACUACGAGUCCUCUCACAUCGAGACGGCGAUCAACCUGGCCAUCCCGGGGCUGAUGCUGCGCAGACUGAAGAAAGGAAGCCUGCCGAUCCGAUCCAUCAUUCCCAACAACGAGGAUCAGGAGAAGUUCGUCAAGCGGUGCAAGACGGACACGGUGGUCCUGUACGACGAGAACACCCUGGAGCUGCAGGACAGCGGGGCCUCCGGCUCUGUACUGGGGCUUCUUCUGCGGAAACUCUGGGAUGACGGCUGCAAGGCGUACUACCUGGAGGGGGGAUUCUCCCGAUUUCGGCUGGACUGCCCCGAGCACUGUGAGACCAGCCUGGACGUCCCCUGCCCCAGCACCUCUCCCCCUCAGUCUGUGCUGGGCCUGGGGGGGCUGCGGAUCGGUUCUGACUGCUCGGACGGCGAAUCGGACCGAGAGUCAGGCAGCGCCACCGAGUUGGACGGCAGCCCGCUGGGCAGCUGCCAGCCCGCCUUUCCGGUCCAAAUCCUGCCCUACCUUUACCUGGGCUGCGCCAAGGACUCCACCAACCUGGCGGUACUGGGCCAGCACAACAUCAGGUACAUCCUCAACGUGACGCCCAACCUGCCCAACGUGUUCGAGCACGACGGGGAAUUCAAGUACAAGCAGAUACCCAUCUCAGACCACUGGAGCCAGAACCUCUCACAGUUCUUCCCCGAGGCCAUCUCUUUCAUCGAUGAAGCCCGGUCCAAGCAGUGUGGGGUUCUGGUGCACUGCCUGGCUGGUAUCAGCCGCUCCGUUACCGUGACGGUGGCCUACCUGAUGCAGAAGCUCAACCUGUCCCUCAACGACGCCUACGACUUCGUCAAGCGCAAGAAGUCCAACAUCUCGCCCAACUUCAACUUCAUGGGGCAGCUGCUGGACUUCGAGAGGACCCUGGGACUGAACAGCCCCUGCGACAACCGGUCGCCUGGCGACCAGCUGUUCUUCACCACGCCCACCAAUCACAACGUGUUCCGGCUGGACACGCUGGAGUCCACAUGAGGCCACCGUUUCAAUGCAAGGCGGCACUGUGGCUGUCUGUCAGGAGAGUGGGCGGGACAUGGGACUGCUGGGAUGUUCCCCAUUGGCUGACGGGCAGCAAGCACUGCCCCUCAUUACUGGACUGGGGGGGGACUCCCCAAGCCUUUGGAAUAGACUGCUCCCUUUUGAUUCUUUUUUAGUCAGUGAUGGACAGGAAACUGGUGCUUCUCACUUCCUGUGCUGGGCAGGGAGAGGGGACCAGAGAGUCAACAGGACAACAGUUUUACCCUCCUGACGCAAACGUUACCAGUGUGAUAUCUGCCAGGAAAAUUGUCAGGAAUGAAUCUGUCUGGAUUUGACAAAAACACAAGUACAAAUCCACUUUAUGCAUAUACAUACAUGUACACAUGUACUUGUGUGUUUGUUUAAAAGAAGUAAUAGCUGGUUGACAACAACCCAACAGAAAAAGCCCUUUUGUGAUAUUCUGAGUGUUUUUGUACUCUUCUCUUUUUUCCCUCUGUGUUUGUAAUGACCUCAUGUAGUUUGCACAAAGCCAGGCCUUCCACGUGCUGGCUCUCAGAGCUGGUCCUCCACUCAGAUAAAGAGUCAUUCAGCAGCUCAGAAAGAGGGCUUCUCCAGGCAGGGAGGACUGCAGCCGCUGAACAGACUGCAGAGCCAAGCCAAGACAGGCCAAACAGGCCAAACCAGGCCAAGCCAAGCCAAACCAAGCCAAACUGGGCCAGUCCAGGCCAAACCAGGCCAAUCCAGGCCAGUCCAGACCUACCCAGGCCAGUCAGGGCGAAGCACCUAAAUGCAAAAGCGUGUUGUUCCUCACUCAGCGUGGGGCGGUCUCUCACUGGGGCAGGGCUGUAUGUGAACAGAGACACCUCAGAAAACUGGGGGCGCGCUGUAGAAUAAGAGGGGGUGCAUCUCACGCCAGCCUUGAAUAUGCUUUGAUGCAUUUUGCGUGCUGACUGUUCAACACCAUAUUCAAGGAUUCACUUCACUCUGUAAAGCUAAACGCAGCAAUGCUGGACACCAGCAAAGUAAGGGGUCUGUUACUGCUGUUCGUCUUACUCACACAAACUCACUCACACUUACAGACACACACUUAAACACACAGCGACACAGAUGCACGUGUAA